AGAAGCAGAUGAUAUGGCAGCUUUGUGAGCGACCAGGUGGAACUCGCUUUUGUUAACCGCUUCGAAAGAGCAACGCGACCAUGUUAUAACACGAAAAACGGCUUCGCCGCAAACCGUUUUAAUAUGCUUUACUUAAUAGUGGCCUCGGCGCUAUGCGGGGCGCUCGUCACUCUGCUGCUGCAGUUCCUGCUGCUGUACCGGAGAGCCCCGCAGCCCGUCCCCAGGACAGUGCAGUAUGUGCGAGCGGUGCCAGACCCCUCGCUGAGGGACUACUUCAACAACCAGUCCGCCGAGUGGACACAGCAGCAGCAGCAGCCGCAGCCGCCGCAGGACACCGCGGCCUCCAGGCAGGCGGAGGGGGCCAGCUCUCAUAAGCAGCAGCAGGACUCGGCUGUCCCCGGUACUAGCAGCCCCAAACAGCCGGCGGCGGCGGCGGCAGCGGCGGCCGCUGCUCCUCCUGCUCCUCCUCCUCCUGCUGCCCACGCCGAGCCGCUGCCCACCUCGUCGAAGCCGGAGACGUGCCACUUUCUCAAUGCCAUCUUUCUGUUCCUUUUCCGCGAGCUGAGGGACACUCCCGUGGUCCGCCACUGGGUCAUCAAGAAGAUCAAGGUGGAGUUCGAGGAGCUGCUGCAGACCAAGACGGCCGGGCGCCUCCUGGAGGGGCUCAGUCUGCGGGACGUGUCCCUGGGCGACUCGCUGCCCGUGGUCCGCGCGGCGCGGCUGGUGACGCCCGUGGAGCGCGACGAGGACGGCCUGCCCGACGAGCUCAACUUCGAGCUGGAGAUCGAGUACAAGGGCGGCUUCCACCUGGCCGUGGACGUGGACCUGGUGUUCGGCAAGUCCGCCUACCUGUUCGUGAAGAUGCGGCGCGUGGCGGGCCGCGUGCGCCUCCAGUUCACGCGCUCGCCCUUCACGCACUGGUCCUUCGCGUUCCUCGAGGAGCCGCUCAUCGACUUCGAGGUGAAGUCGCAGUUCGAGGGGCGUCCGCUGCCGCAGCUCACCUCCAUCAUCGUGAACCAGCUCAAGAGGGUGGUCAAGAAGAAGCACACGCUGCCCAACUACAAGAUCAGAUACAAGCCAUUUUUCCCAUUUCAAGUGCAGCCACCUUUGGCCAUGACAUGCGAACUGGACCUCUCCAUUCAGGACACGCGACUGGUGGAGGGUCGGCUAAGGGUGUCCCUUGUUGAAUGUAGCAGGCUCUUCAUCCUGGGCUCGUACGAGAUGGAGACCUACGUCCACUGCACCCUGGAGCUGAGCAGCCAGGAGUGGAAGGAGAAGACACGGAGCUCCAUCAAGUCGACCGAGUUGAUCAAAGGCGCUUCCCAGAGUGUUGGCAUGACGUUCCGGCAUGUUCCAGCCAGCGAGGGUGACGUUGUGCAUGUCAGCAUCGAGACAGUCACCCCCAACUCACCCGCUGCCCUGGCGGACUUGCAGAAAGGCGACCGCCUCAUUGCUAUUGGGGGUGUUAAGGUUACAUCCUCUGUCCAAGUGCCGAAGCUCCUCAAGCAGGCUGGAGAUAAGGUGCUGGUACUUUAUGAAAGACCCAUGCGUCACCAGAUUCCGACUGUAGGAAACCUACAUGAGGGGAUGGGGCAGCUGGAAGAGCAGAACUUUCUGCCUCAGCCCAUUUAUGAGGAGGACCCAGUCCCCAUCACCACCCUGGACACAUCUGACAGCAGAGACGUGGACUCUGAAUUUGAGGAACUCGCAGUGGACCCCAAACCUACUAGCAGUGAGGGGAAGGAAGAUUCCUUGCUGACUGUAAACCAAAGCCCCAAAAGAACUGUGGCUAAUCUUGCCUCUAAACCUCUGGGUAGCAUUUCACCCAUUUUAAACCGCAAACUGAAUCUAGCAGGGCUUCAGUCGCCACUCAAGCCACAGGCAAAGGAGUCAGCCAAGCCCUCGGCACCCAAAGGCACCGAUCCAUGCGAAGCACCUCAACGUCCCAACAUUCCUCCACCACCCCCUCCAGGCCGACCCCCAGUACCCCCCAGACCUCAAAUAAAACUUACAUCAGCUUCUGCUGAAACCCAAAGUGUGUUGGAUGGAGGGGAAGUGCCUCCAGAGAAACCAGAGAGGCCUCUGCCCCCUGCCAACAAUGGAGACAAACCUCCGACAGCUGAGAAAGUGACCGCAAAAGCAAUGGAGCAAAAGCCAGCUGUCAAACAGUCUGACAGCACCGAGGAGCCGCCCCCUUCUAAUCUUAGCAAGGUAGAUCCGAACAAGGACAAGGUAUCGGAGAGCUCCUGCAGCACAAAAGAGAGUGUUGAGGAUCAUCCUACUUGGGAAUCCUCAGAGACCCUGUUCCGUAACCAGACAGCUAAGUGGACCAAGGCUUCUGUGGUGUUUGAAGUAGAAAGCAACCACAGGUACCUUAAUGUAGCUCUUUGGUGUAAGGAUCCUUUCAAGCUAGGCAGUCUCUUGUGCUUGGGGCACGUCAGUCUGAAACUUGAACAUAUCGCCUUGGAGUGCCUGUCCACAUCCUCCGUGGAGUUCCAGAGCACUUUCAGGCUGUGUGCGCCGGAGCCGAGGGCAAGCGUGAGCCGCACGGCACUGCGCAGCCUCAGCACACACAAGGGCUUCAAUGAGAAGCUCUGCUAUGGCGAUGUGACACUCAACUUCACGUACUUGGGCGAAGGCGAGUCGGAGCACUCCAGCGGUGUGGUGGAGCGCGAAAGGGAGCGGGAGGGCAGUGUGCAGGAGGAGGAGCAGCAGCAGCAGCAGCAGCAGCAGCAGGCACUGUUUCUCCGGGAGGAAUCCAGCUACAGCUCUCUGCAAACUGCUGAGUUCAAGCACAACUUCCAGGAUACCCAGUUCCAGAAUCCCACCUGGUGCGACUACUGCAAGAAGAAGGUGUGGACCAAGGCAGCCUCCCAAUGCAUGAUCUGUGCCUACGUGUGCCACAAGAAGUGCCAGGAAAAGUGUCUCAGCGAGCAUCCUUUCUGCAUGGCUACCGACCGAAGGGUAACCGACCCCGAGGCCAAGUCGACCAUCAACAGGGCCACGACGGGGCUCACCAGGCACAUUAUCAACACCAGCUCCCGGCUGCUUAAUCUGCGCCAGGUGCCCAAGGCCAGAAUGGCUGAGCAGGUAGCCGACACGACUGUGGAGCCCUCGCCAAAACACACCCCCAACACCUCAGACAACGAGAGCAGCGACACAGAGACGUACACGGGGGCCAGUCCCUCCAAGAAGGCCGCACCCACGAGCGGAGGAACCAGUAAACUGGUGCGCAAGGAGGGAGGCUUAGAUGACAGCGUCUUCAUUGCUGUCAAGGAGAUCGGGCGGGACUUAUACCGGGGCUUGCCCACAGACGAGCGCUCGCAGAAGCUGGAGUUCAUGCUGGACAAACUGCAGCAGGAGAUCGACCUGGAGCUGGAGCACAACAACGCCUUGUUGCUCGAGGAGAGGGAAACGGCGGACGCGCGCAAGAAGGCCCUCAUCUCCACCGCCCUAUCCAAGUCCGGCGAGCGACUCCAGGCACUCACACUGCUCAUGAUCCACUACCGGGCGGGCAUCGAGGACCUGGAGUCUGUCGAAAGCACCUCCCCAUCCGAGCAGCAGGGCUUCAAGAGUAAGGGUGGUUCAGAGGAAACCCUCACAGGGCCAGAGGCUUUUGAAAGUGACACAUGCAGUCCUGUGGAGGUUCCCCUGCUGGAUGAUAUUACAGAAGAGCAGAUCUGCGUAGAAGCAUUGCCAUAGACAAGUGAGGGCAUGAGGCUUGUAACGAACAGCAAAUAUUUUAACCUUUUUGUGGGAGAUGGGUAGGACGGGGCUGUGACCAGAGAGGGGCGCUCGCAGUGACGCAUUCACAGUGACACAUUUACGUGACUUCCCUGCAGCAGUUUUGGGAAACAGACCUGCUCCAGGAAGCAUUAAAACCCAAUUUUAUGAUACAUCCACACUAAAGAUUAGAACACUGCAGAACUUCAUACUCUGGCAAUAGGAGCAGAAAUCAAGCCAUCGAUGCAAUGUUUCCUAAAACCUCAUUACCCGCUCGAUUCUGUUCCCUUUGCUGCUCAUGGCUUAUAUUUAUGCAAUGACUCAACAGCACAUAUGGAAAGCAAAGAAUCAUCACUAAAACAUGUUUCCGGAAAGUUGUAUUCAGCCUGUUGCUGCACUUUAAAUACUGUAAUUCGAUGUAUUCCAUUAAAACGUGUGGAGAUUGCUCUAUCAUUCCCCUUUUCAAUGAUCUGCACUUUGGUUAAAUUUACCCUGUGGGAUGUAAUACUUACAUACGCUUGUGUCGGUAUCGUUUAGUUUUUAGUUUGGUGGUAUUAGGCAACCUACAUGGUCUUUGGGGAAAGAUUUGGGGAGUUUUGCAAAGUGACUUAAGUUUUUGUUGUUACCAGUAACAAGCCUCUUGCCCAUGAACACUGUACACCGCAAAACUAGUGGCAAAAGUGGAGCAAACAAAACAAAAUUGUACCAACUGCAGAACAUUUCCUCCUCCCCACUAUCUUUAUGUUGUUGUCACCUGUCUGUAAGCACUUUUACUGUAUUGCUUUGUCUGGUUUUAGAAAUGGUGGUUCUUUAUUAUUUAACUGUUGCGUUAACUGCAAAGCUAUGAGGAAUUUGCAUGAAGACGUUAACUUGGUAAAGGCACAAGGGAUUAUGGUUGCAGAAUCUACGUUUUGUUUUUAUGUGUGGAUUAUUUAUAUCCAGACUGAAAUUAUGUAUGUGUGUAUUAUCAUUAUUAAAAUUAUCAUUUUGCCAGAGUGUCUGUAUAUAUUGGUGCUUCUAUUUGAAUGAUUUCAUCUUCCAGGCCAACUUAGAGGGUGAAAUGUAGAACACAUAGCAGUAAACAAUACUGACAGAGUAAAAUACGUUAAGAUACAAGUAAAUGUCUUCCCUCCUCCCAAUGAAACCAUUACAUAAUCAUAUCCGUUUAUAUGACAUCCUGUUACUUACGGUCAGGUGCUUCUGAUGUUCAGCGUCGCACUAAAACAUACUUGUGUACUGAAGAAAAACAAAUCCUCAUAUCACUGUUGACAAAGUUGGGUGAUGUUCUUAGGAUAUGUACUUCAUUUUCUCUGGGCAAAGCAGGGAUGGUGUGGAGGGGUAGGGUCAGAAAACACAUUUUAACCCGACAGAAACUUAGCGAUUCUCUGUAUGCCGCGCCUUUCAACGUUGUCCUCCUGUACAAAUGAAUGUAUGCCACUGAAUAUACACAGCGCAAAGAAUGCAUGACGUCCCCCGUUAUGUGAACGAGACCAAUGCCGACGUUCUGUAUGGACUUUUCGCUCAAUCACAGCAAGGCCCAAACAAGCAGCUGGACAGUGAGCUUGUGGGAACAUUCAGACACAGUCACCACGAUAAUCUACUGACACCAGCUGACAAAAUGUCCUUAACUCCACAAGGUUGGAAGUUGCUGCUGGAACCGGGUCCGAGGCGCAGCCCGAGCCUGGAUCUCGUCGGGCCAACGACACGCAAACCGGACUGGGGGAAUCUGGCGGGACCGAUGAAGCGUUUUGUGCAACAGACGUGAUGUUCUGUAGAUACUUGGCUGCUACUUUACUAUCUGCAAUUGUUGUAUAUUCAGAUUUUUUGUGCAAUAUUUUUGUAGGAAAUGAAAGGUGAUAUAGGAAUCAGUUCGGCCGCCGAUCUCCGUGCCCAUCAGUGUCUUUUCCUCGAAGCGAAUAUGCUCCCGCUGUGGGGGUGCACAGGCUUGGAACCAGUGUUGUGCAAAGUAGUUCUUUGUGUCUUGUGCUGCUGUAAUUUGCGUUCCUUGAAUCCAGCAUUACUUGAACCCAGCGUUACUUGCUCCAGGUCUGUCUUUCUCCUUGUCAUGGUCCUAUGGUAUCUUAACAUUUGUCUGGCAAUGCUAUCUGCAGCUGAGCAUUUUUGCAAGAAAGAUGUAACAGUAACAUGGAUGGUGUUAUCAAGCGCUAUUGUACAUAGCCUAAAUAAACAACCU